AUGAACCAGUCCGCCGAAUGCCUGGCGCCAAAUAGCGUGGAGCUGCAAGCCAACUCGAAGCAUGUAAACUGCAGCACCAAAGUGAACCCUCCUGGCGGGGCUGGCAUCACAGCUUGGGGGAUCUCUGCCUCGGUUUUCCUGUGCCUCAUCACCCUGGCGACGGUGCUGUCCAAUGGGUUUGUCAUCGCCACAAUCUACCAAGCCAGGAAGCUGCACACUCCUGCCAACAUUCUGAUCGCCUCGCUGGCUAUCACUGACCUCCUGGUCUCCAUUCUGGUCAUGCCCCUCAGUAUUGUCUACACUGUCAGUGGGACCUGGAGCCUGGGGCAGGUUGUAUGUGACAUCUGGCUAUCCUCAGAUAUUACCUGUUGCACCGCCUCUAUCCUCCAUUUAUGUGUGAUCGCUUUGGACCGAUACUGGGCUAUCACGGACGCGGUUGAGUACUCGAUGAAGAGAACCCCGGAAAGAGCCGCUGGGAUGAUAGUCACUGUCUGGGUCAUCUCCAUUUGCAUCUCCAUCCCCCCUCUGUUCUGGAGGCAAGCCAAAGCGGGAGAGCUCAUGCACUGCACUGUCAACACUGACCAGAUCUUCUACACCAUCUACUCAACUUUCGGAGCCUUUUACAUCCCCACGCUACUGUUGAUUGCCCUGUACGGGCGAAUCUACGUGGAGGCCAGGUCCCGGAUCCUAAAACAGACACCAAAGCAGACCGGCAAACGCCUGACCAAGGCUCAGCUGGUCACCCACUCCUCGGGAUCUUCUUCCCUUUCCUCCGUCAACUCCCGGGUGAACGAGUUUCCCACCGAGACCGGUUCCCCGGUUAACCUCAACCACGUCAAAGUCAAGGUUUCCGACGUGUUGUUGGAAAAGAAGCGGAUCUCGGCUGCCAGGGAGAGGAAGGCAACCAAAACCUUAGGGAUAAUCCUUGGGGCCUUCAUUGUGUGCUGGCUGCCCUUCUUUAUCAUCACCCUGGUUUUACCCAUCUGCAAGGAGGCGUGCUGGUUCCACCAUGCCAUCUUCGACUUCUUUAACUGGCUGGGCUAUCUCAAUUCCCUCAUCAAUCCCAUUAUAUACACCAUGUCCAAUGAGGAUUUCAAGCAGGCUUUCCACAAACUCACUCGCUGCCGGUGA